AAGAAGCAUCGAAGACUCUGGAUACUCAAAGAUGGUUCUUACAACAUAUAAAAACAAGCUAAAACCCAUCCCUCUUUGGCUACGCCAGCAAUAAGACUACUCAUUCUCAAUCAAUUCACACCUCAUCUUCUUCAACGUCUCAAUGGCUGACUUUUUUGGACACCCAUUUCGUCGUUUCGUCUUGAGCCCUCCUGUCUUUCGUGAAUGGUCCGGAUCAUCCGCCCUUAUGGAUUGGCUCGAAUCUCCCACCGCCCACAUCUUCAAAAUCAACGUCCCAGGAUUGAGCAGAGAGAACAUAAAAGUGCAAAUAGAAGACGGGAACUUACUGCGGAUAACGGGAGAGGGAAGUAAAGAGGAGCAAAGUGGGAAAGAUACAGUUUGGCAUGUAGCUGAAAGAGGAACAGGGAAAGCAGAUUUUUCUCGCGAAGUUGAAUUGCCGGAAAAUGUGAAGCUGGAACAGAUUAAGGCCCAUGUUGAAAAUGGUGUUCUUACUGUUGUUGUCCCAAAAGAUGCAAGCCCAAAGGCCAAUAAAGUUAGAAAUAUUAACAUUACUAGCAAGCUCUAAGAUUUUAGGCCUUCAAAUUGGGUUCAGAAUAAUAAAUAGUACAUAUACUAAUUAAUUUGGUACGCUAUGUGUUGUAAUAAAUAUUAUUUCUUAUAAGAAUAAACUCCUUGGUUCUUAUUAAAAAGCAACAAA